AUGUGGGCCCUGCGGGCCGCCGUCCGCCCAGGGGCCUGGCUGACUCGAGUCAUUCGCGGCCGCCCGGCUCCGAGAGCCGCGCCGCCGCUGCUGGUCUGCCCCGAACGCGCCCUCGCCGCCUUCGGCCCCGGGGGACUCAAGGGGCGAGGGGGCGGAGGACGGGGCCCGCCGGCUGAUGGCGUGAGAAGCCGAACGGGAGAGGAGGAGGAACCAGAAGAUGCGGAGGAGGAGGAGGAAGAGGAGGAGGAGGAGGAGCUGCUGAGGAGGGACCCUUUGCUGCCGGUGGGGACCCACCGCGUGUGCCUGGUUCACCCUGAGGUCAAGUGGGGACCCGGGAAGCCGCAGCUGACCCGAGCUGAGUGGCAGGUGGCGGAGGCAGAGGCUCUGGUCCACACACUGGACGGCUGGUCGGUGGUGGAAAGGAUGGUGGUGCCCACCAAAACACCCGACGGGAAGGUCAUCUUCGGCAGAGGGACCUUGCAGCACCUGACAGAGAAAAUCAGAGCGCUGCCCGAAAUCACGGCGGUCUUCCUGAACGUGGAGAGGGUGGCCCCGCCCACCAAGAAAGAACUGGAAGAGGCCUGGGGCGUGCAGGUGUUUGACCGAUUCACGGCUGUGCUCCACAUUUUCCGCUGCAACGCCCGGACCACGGAGGCCCGGCUGCAGGUGGCGCUGGCCGAGCUCCCCCUUCUCAGGGCCCACCUGAAACAUACCGCUGCGCGCCUGGCUGGACGGGGAGGAGGCUCGCGCUACAUCAUGGGGUCAGGAGAAUCUCUCAUGCAGGUGCAGCAGCGCCUCCUGAAGGAAAAGGAGCUAAAGAUUCGGAAGGCCCUGGAGAGACUAAGGAAGAAAAGGCACCUCCUGGGAAGGCAGCGCAGACGGCGGGAGUUUCCGGUGAUCUCCAUGGUGGGAUACACGAACUGCGGAAAAACCACGCUGAUCAAGGCCCUGACAGGCGAUGAUGCCAUCCAGCCCCAGGAUCGGCUGUUUGCGACGCUGGAUGUCACAGCCCACGCGGGGUGGCUGCCCUCCCGCGUCGCCGUCAUCUACAUGGACACCAUCGGCUUCCUCUCCCAGCUGCCCCACAGCCUGAUUGAGUCCUUCUCCGCCACCCUGGAAGACGUGGCUCAUUCGGAUCUGAUCGUGCAUGUGAGAGACAUCAGCCACCCCGAGUCGGAGCUGCAGAAAGCCAGCGUCCUGGCCGCCCUGCGCGGCCUGCGCCUGCCCGGCCCGCUGCUGGGCUCCAUGCUGGAGGUUCACAACAAGGUGGACCUGCUGCGGGGGUCCAGCGCGGCGGGACCCCAGGCCGUGGCCGUGUCCGCCCUCCUGGGGCACGGGCUUCCGGAGCUGAAGGCCCGGCUGGAGGGCGCCGUCCUGAGAGCCACAGGCACACAGGUCCUCACGCUCCGGGUCCCGCUGGCCGGGGCGCAGCUGAGCUGGCUGCACCAGGAGGCCACGGUGCAGGACGUGGACGUGAUCCCCGAGGCCGGCGUGGCCGACGUCAGGGUCGUCAUCAGCAGCUCUGCCUACGGCAAGUUCCGGAAGCUCUUCCCAGAGUGCGCCAGCCAGUGAGGGAGGGAAGGCGGUAUGGGCUGAGCACCGCCUCCGGCCCUCCGGCCCUCCGGCCCUCCGGCCCUCCUGCCCUCCGCCCCCACCUCGGGCGCCUGGCUCGCUGCUGGGGGCCGCCCCCCUGCGGCCAGAAGUUGGAGGUCACGGCUCAGGGUGACUGCGCAAACCGUGCUCGCCUCCCGAGAGCAGGUUUCCCUUCCACGCUCUUCCAGCCACAGGACAUUAAAAGCUCUGCUCUCCUGCGUGUCCUCA